GCGGACGUGUGAGGCGGCUACCAUCGCGCCCAAUGGGCGCAACGGUGAACAGGCAGAUGUGCGGCGCGGCUACCAUCGCGCCCAAUGGGCGCGAUGGUCAACAGGCGGAUGUGCGGUGCGGCUACCAUCGCGCCCAAUGGGCGCGACGGUAAACAGGCGGAUGUGCAGCGUGGCUACCAUCGCGCCCAAUGGGCGCGACGGUGAACAGGCGGACGUGCGGAUGUGCGGUGCGGCUACCAUCGUGCCCAAUGGGCGCGACGGUGAACAGGCGGAUGUGCGGCACGGCUACCAUCGCGCCCAAUGGGCGCGACGGUCAACAGGCGGACGUGUGAGGCGGCUACCAUCGCGCCCAAUGGGCGCGACGGUGAACAGGCGGAUGUGCAGCGCGGCUACCAUCGCGCCCAAUGGGCGUGAUGGUCAACAGGCGGAUGUGCAGCGCGGCUACCAUUGCGCCCAAUGGGCGCGACGGCGGAUGUGCGGUGCGGCUACCAUCGCGCCCAAUGGGCGCGACGGUAAACAGGCGGAUGUGCAGCGUGGCUACCAUCGCGCCCAAUGGGCGCGACGGUCAACAGGCGGACGUGUGAGGCGGCUACCAUCACGCCCAAUGGGUGCGACGGUCAACAGGCGGACAUGUGAGGCGGCUACCAUCGCGCCCAAUGGGCGCGACGGUAAACAGGCGGAUGUGCAGCGCGGCUACCAUCGCGCCCAAUGGGCGCGACGGCGGACGUGUGAGGCGGCUACCAUCGCGCCCAAUGGGCGCAACGGUGAACAGGCAGAUGUGCGGCGCGGCUACCAUCGCGCCCAAUGGGCGCGAUGGUCAACAUGCGGAUGUGCGGUGCGGCUACCAUCGCGCCCAAUGGGCGCGACGGUAAACAGGCGGAUGUGCGGCGUGGCUACCAUCGCGCCCAAUGGGCGCGACGGUGAACAGGCGGACGUGCGGAUGUGCGGUGCGGCUACCAUCGUGCCCAAUGGGCGCGACGGUGAACAGGCGGAUGUGCGGCACGGCUACCAUCGCGCCCAAUGGGUGCGACGGUCAACAGGCGGACGUGUGAGGCGGCUACCAUCGCGCCCAAUGGGCGCGACGGUGAACAGGCGGAUGUGCAGCGCGGCUACCAUCGCGCCCAAUGGGCGUGAUGGUCAACAGGCGGAUGUGCAGCGCGGCUACCAUCGCGCCCAAUGGGCACGACGGCGGAUGUGCGGCGUGGCUACCAUCGCGCCCAAUGGGCGCGACGGUAAACAGGCGGAUGUGCAGCGCGGCUACCAUCGCGCCCAAUGGGCACGACGGUCAACAGGCGGACGUGUGAGGCGGCUACCAUCGCGCCCAAUGGGCGCGACGGUGAACAGGCAGAUGUGUGGCGCGGCUACCAUCGUGCCCAAUGGGCGCGACGGUCAACAGGCGGAUGUGCAGCGCGGCUACCAUCGCGCCCAAUGGGCGCGACGGUGA